UUCACUUCUCCCAGUUGACCAAGAGGCUCUCGGUUUUCAUUUAAUCAGUUUCCGUUUACAAAAACAGUUUUUUUUUUGUUUCGUGGUGAAUUAUUAUGGCUGCUUUAUAUAGAAGAACUAUAAGCGUGUUAGAUAAAUUUGUUCCGCCGAAAUUGCAACCAAUUUGGAACCACGAAGCAGGGCCAAAAACUGUACAUUUUUGGGCACCGGUUGUCAAAUGGGGAUUAGUCGUAGCUGGGAUAAGCGACUUAGCACGUCCGGCAUCUAAUUUAAGUGUGCAACAAUGCGGGGCUUUAGCGGCUACCGGUUUUAUCUGGUCGAGAUAUUCGUUGGUAAUCAUCCCUAAAAACUGGGGGUUGUUUAGCGUAAAUUUCUUCAUUGGAUUAACGCAAUCGGUUCAAUUAUACCGAGCUUACGAUUAUCAUUACAAUGUAAAAGGCAAGGAACAACAGGAAACAGAAGCAGUUUCACAAGAAAAAGUUGUUGCGUGACAUCGCUAUUAAAAGAUCUUUGUGUAGUAUAGUUAAAUUUUACGGUACAUAAACAAGAUUUUAACUAUU